GGCUUCGAAAAAUGUUCUAUCCAGAUUCGAUAAUUCUAUGGACAACUACGACGGAGUUAAUGACACGCAUCCGUUGAAUUACGGCACAGAUCCUGGAAAUCUUGAGGUCAGAACCCUGAUCGCCGACUGGAAUGAUAACAAGUUUGAACUGGAAACAAAGACCGACCCUGACUGUCUCAACCUAACCUCGGGUUCAUCAUACGGGAUCAUGAAUAUUCUAGCCCAGUUCUCAUCUGCGCAUAAUGGAGUCACGCGUAGAGCAUUUCUUGUCAGUCCUACCUACUUUCUCAUGAACGCCAUAUUCAUUGAUGCUGGGUUUGGAGGCAAAAUGACAUCCAUAGAAGAGGACGAAACAGGCCAGAUAGACUUUGAAACGCUCAGGCAGAGACUGGAGCUCUAUGACACUCUCGAGCCGGUUGCAAGAUCUAUCUCGGAAAAAGAUAUCGCCCAUAUUCAUGAUCCAGAUAGACCGUUGAAAAAAAUAUACAGAUACAUCAUGUAUAUCGUGCCUACAUUCUCAAAUCCUCGCGGAGGGACGCUGAGCCAAGAAAACAGACAACGUUUGAUCGAGCUUGCUAGAAAACACGACAUGCUGAUCAUCUGCGAUGACGUGUAUGAACUAUUGGAUUUCCAUAACAAAGUGCCUCAUAAGAGGAUGGUGUACCUAGACAGGGAAACACUGCCUGAGGGCGAAGAAUAUGGUAACGUUAUCUCCAAUACUACAUUUUCUAAGAUUCUUGGUCCAGGUCUGCGAACUGGCUACCAAGAAUCUGCCACUCCCAAACUUGCCUAUUUGCUCUCCCAAGGAGGCGCAACCAGGUCUGGUGGUACCCCCUCGCAAUUGAACACGGUGAUCGUUGGUGAGCUUUAUAGAAUGGGAGCUAUUGACAACAUACUUGCCAGGCUUAACUCUACUUAUUCGAAACGCGCAGCUGCUUUGAAUGAGGCUCUUCAAAAGUACUUACCAAAAGGUACUCAAAUUUCUCCAAUCAACGGCGGCUAUUUCAACUGGGUCGUUCUUCCAGAAAACAUCGAUGCUCAAGAAGUUGCGAACAAGUGUCGGAAGAGGGGGGUCGUCCUUGCCACCGGAGACAACUUUGAAGUGACUGGGGACCCUAGAGGAUGGGGUAAGAGAAGUGUUCGGAUGAGCAUCAGUCAUCUAGAUGCGGACCAGAUUGAGGAGGGAGUCAGAAUCUGGGGAGAAGAGUGCGCAUAACUGCUCUUAACAACUCUUGAUAAAAUAUUCUUCCACCAGUUUUUGGUAUUCUGGGGUAUUAUCAGAUAGUUUGGGAAUAGGCGCUCCUUUCCAUUUGAAGAUGGUGUCAAUAUUCCGGAAGGUUUGCAUCUCGUCUUUCGUAAACUCUUCACUGAAAUUAGCAUUGGAGUUAAGCGUGAGAGAUCUUGCUAUUAUUUGACUUUUCAACUUUGCGGGAACAAGCUUCCUUGCCUUAUAGUAGUAGUAUCUAGCCAGUGCAAUCCACUGUUCCGCUGCGAGAGCCACAUUCAGAUGGUGCGAGAGCAUGGUGACAUAGAUUUCCUCGGCAUUAGUCAAUCGGAACUUCUCUGCUAAAUAUUUGCCAUAAGAAAGACCAAAAUAUGGCUCACCCUUGGUGCAAUAAUGAGAAACGAACAGUUUUGCAGUCUUGGUGUUCCCUUGAAAACCUUCGUUUUCGGAAAUCUGAUGAAUAUAGUCAAAUACAGAUUCAGGUUCGAGCUGCAAAUAAGCUUCAAUCAUUGCAUUGUUGACUGGAAUGCCACGGUGAAUCUUGUGGUCCUCAAGAAAUCUAAGAAUGAGUUUUGGUGGAACUCCUGACUGAGCCAUAUGUUUCACAAUCACUGUGUUAAUAUUUUCAAGAGGCACCUUCAUGACUGUCAUAUGCUCAAGUAGGAGAUGAUUCAUCUGCUUCAGAUUUGAGUAUACGAAAUACAACGACGACAGAUUUGGCUCUAUAUUAUGCUUCUUCAU